AUGAAGUUAAAGGCAUCCAAAUGCGAGUUUGCGAAGGAAGAGAUCAAAUUUUUAGGAUUUAUCCUAAGCAAGGAAGGAAUAAGACCAAAUCCCGAAAAGACCAGAGCAAUCGAUCAAUACCCGCAACCGACGAACCCUACGGAGGCUAAUGCGGAAUGCGAAGCGACCGUAAACAGCGCUGCUAUCCCAGCAGGGUUCAUCGACAUUCGUCGCUAUCUCUACACGGAGCUAUCUACGUACUUUAGAUUUAAGCAGGAUGGUACGUGGACUCCCCGACGUCGAGGCGGCAACCAACUGGGUCGAAUGUACACGGCAUCCCCUCGCGACACGGAGAAAUACGCUCUUAGACAUCUUCUUCUAUGUGUUCGCGGAGCCACAUCAUUUGAACAACUGCGUUCUGUCGUCGACGAAAAUGGCAAUGCGGUUGUACACCCCACCUUUUAUGCUGCAGCCACAGCUCUAGGACUUUUCGACGAUGACGAAUCCCACAAUGCCACUCUACGGGAAGCUGCGCUAUUCGCUACAGUUUUGCAAAUGCGCUCUUUUGUGCUGUGCUCGCAUGAAGUGAAGGACCCGAUGUUGCUGUGGAACACUUUCAAGAGGAACUUCAUCGACGACUACCUUCACGAAGGUAUGUCCAAGGAGGCCAUUGGCAGCCUAUUACGACCUUGA